AUCAAAUGAGAGAAUGAAUAAGAGUAAAGGAGAAAGAGAGGGGGGGAGGGGGGGAGGAGGGAGGAGACAGACGAUUGCUGAGCCGCUGGAGGUUGAGGACGGAGUCUCUGAGAGACAGACAUCUCGGUCAGCACUGCUCUUUACAUCACACGUCUCCUUUCAUCACCAGAUUCACUCGUCUCCUGCUCUCCCUCGUUCCUCUGAAAUGAUCUGGGACUCUUCUCUCCUUCGGCUCGCCUGUGUAACACCUGCCGUCUUCUCGCUGUAAGAUGGGAAAUGCCUCUGAAACUUCCCUCAUUUCCAAGAUAUCUAAAGAUCAUGACUUUCUUUUGGGGAUUAUCUACACCAUCUUCGGUGUGUUCUCUCUGAUGGGGAACACCGUCUUGCUUUUGGUGGCGUAUCAGAAGAAGUCGUCUCUCAAACCGGCCGAGUUUUUCAUCGUCAAUCUCUCCGUCAGUGACCUGGGCAUGACCGUCUCUCUCUUCCCCUUCGCCAUUUCCUCCGCGUUCUCUCACAGAUGGCUCUUCACUAAAUCAGUGUGUCUGUGUUAUGCGUUCUGUGGUGUACUCUUUGGCCUGUGCAGUCUCAGUAAUCUGACCGUCCUGUCCUCCGUCUGCUGGUUUAAAGUCUGCUGCCCCAACUACGGGAAUAAGUUCUCCUCGUCCCAUGCCCUGCUGCUGGUGGUUGGGGUGUGGUGCUACUCCGCCAUCUUCGCUGUAGGUCCUCUAUCAGGCUGGGGUCAGUACAGUUACGAGCCCUACGGCACCGCCUGCUGCAUCGACUGGUUUGCUCCUCACGACAGCCUUCUCGCCAUGUCCUACAUCAUAUGCCUCUUCUUCUUCUGCUACAUCGUGCCGUGCACCAUCAUCUUCCUCUCCUACACGUUCAUCCUGGUGACGGUGCGCGGGUCUCGGCAGGCGAUCCAGCAGCACGUGUCUCCGCAGAACAAGAUCGUCAACGCCCAGACCCGCGUCAUCAAGCUCUUCGUGGCUGUAUGCAUAGGCUUCCUGCUGGCGUGGAGUCCGUACGCUGCCGUAUCCAUGUGGGCGGUCUUUGUGAAUCCAGACGCCGUUCCUCCGAUAGCAUUUGCCACAGCGGCCGUAUUUGCCAAAUCCUCCACCCUCUAUAACCCCCUGGUCUACCUGGGCUUCAAACCCAACUUCCGCAGGUCCCUUCGCAGACGAGCUCAGACGUCGUGCUCGUGCCCGUGCCGGCCGAAAAUGGCGCGGAAAAACACGGACAAGGAAAACUGCAGUGGACCUCACAAAAACCACCGACCUUGCAGGUACUGCCUGGACCACACUUCUGCUCACUGCUUGGACAUCAUGCCUCAGAGAACAGUCCGGAUCCUGACCGGCUGCACGAACAGCGAGGUAGCGGUCAGUCAGGUGUCUAACGAGAUGCAGAGUGACUUCCUUUAGAACCGUCUAGAAUGCUUCCUUUGUGUUUCCGCACAAACAGGAAGCAGUAUGCCUCAAAUUUCCUUCCAAAUCGAGUGAAGAAGAACCCUGGAGGAAGCUUGGACAGGAUCUUUGCGCUUGUCGUUCUGUGAUUAUUCCAAGACUCCGGAGAUGUAAACUGACCGUCCCCAUCAAACAGCACCGACGAAGACGGUUUCUGGUCAACAAGCUUCCCGAAGCGGCGAAGGAUGCGUUAUAAACGUGACCAGGAGGAUGUCAUGAAAUCUUCUUUUAAGCCUCAAAUAAAAUGUUUAAUAUUCCGGUGCAACGUUCAUUUUAAUGUUGAUGAUAAAUGUUUACUUCUUGUGAGCCUGAAUGUUACUUAAAUAAAAAUAUACCAAAACCGAUCGCAACUACAGUAAAAACGAAAGGACAUUACGACAACUCUACGACUGAUUGCAGCGGUGUGACGAUAAAUCAGGAUGGAAACUUGAUCUUAAAUGAAUGUGUUAGUUCUCGGAUCGGACGUCUGUCUCGAUGGUUCGUAUUCGCAAGUCCCAUAUCUGUCUAUAACAACAA